AUGGGAUAUAACUUGCUUUACAGUCAAGAUAUGCGUCGCUCGCGAGAAUAUGUGGCCCCGAAGACCAUGUUUGGGGCUUGCACGACAGAAGGGGGUCUUGAUUCUGGGGAUCUUCCUCACGGCGGAUAUCCCAGCUAUACCCGCCAAUAUAGCCCGGAUGCCACGAUAGUUCUAAUAGGGUUCCCAAGGGCAGGGAAGAGGACACUGGGUAUUAUUGCAUCGGUCAGCCUACGUCGACGAUUCGUUGACUUCGAGGUUGUCUUCCGGGAGCAGUUCGAUUUGUCGCCGCAGGAGUAUAUCGCUGCCAAUGGGUUGCCACAGUAUCGCGCGGUCGAGGGCCAGCUAUCACAAGAUCUACUAUCAAAAUGCGGAAAGGGAUGCGUUAUUGUCGGGCUUGGGGGGGUUGCCAAUCAGGAACAGCAGGCUUCGUUGCGAGAGUUCGCUCAGGAUCAUCCGGUGAUAUACAUCAGAAGAGCCGAGUCCGCAUUACGCCAGCUGGUCACAGCCAGUGAUGAUAAGUUUGAACGCUACCGUCAAGUCGGAAAUACCUUCUUCGAGGCCUCCUCCAAUUUUGAAUUCUUCAAUCUCGAGGAAGCCCGGUCAUCCAGUCCACUACCCUCCAGUCUGAAGCUGAAAGACACCGAGCGGGCCUUUGUGCGCUUUCUGAACCGGAUCUUUGGACACAAGAACAGCCCUCUAUUCUCGUCUGAGCCUUUCUCGCCAUCUCAUACUUUUACGCUGCAGGUUCCCGCGUCGUGGCUGGACUCUGGUCCCGAUCUCAAAGCCCUAGAUGCUGGGGCAGACGCCAUCAGUCUGGUCAUUGAUCUAGACACAGUUGACAGAACUGGGUUGAUACAUCGACUGGCGCGGUAUAUUGCAAUCCUUCGAAUAGGUUCUCGGGUUCCUAUCGUCGUCGAUGUACAUCCGACGGGGCAGCACCCGGAGUUAUAUACAGAGAUUCUGCAAACGCUGCUCCGUCUAGCCCCAGAUGCCAUAACCUGCUCCAUCACCCACGGUCCCAGCGCCAUUCAUACGAUAAAUAAUACAAAGGGUCACACCAAGUCAAUAGCAACAUAUCAUCAGACAGUCUCAUUGGGCUGGGGAAAUGAACUUGCCGAAGCUCACGCCCUCCCUAAACAGGCUCAACAGCUCGGCUUCGAGUGCAUCCGCAUCACCGGUGAAUCUGCUCUAUCAGAGGACAGCCUUGCCUGUAUUUCUCUAAGGCAGAGUGUGUCGCAGGAAUCGAACAUACCAGUCAUAAUGUACAAUAUGGGGGUACUGGGGCGUACAUCAGUCUGCUUGAACCCUAUCCUGUCUCCCGUCAUCCUUCCUGACUGCGGCGGACUUGGAGUCACUCUACCUGAAGCACAAAAGGCACUUACAGCGUGCUUUCUCAACCCUAAGAAGCGUUUCACUAUAGUCGGUCAAGCUGUCCAGCACAGUCUUUCACCAGCCAUGCACAACGCAGCCUAUCUCUCUUGCGGGCUUCCCCAUGCUUAUGAUACUUUGCAAGCAGACACCCUAUCAUAUAUCCACCCACUCCUCGACGACGAAGCCUACGGCGGUAUUGCCGUCUCAUUGCCCUACAAAACAGCCAUCCUCGAAUACCUCGACGAAAUCAACCCAGACGCGGGCGACAUCAACGCCGUGAACACGGUUGUCCUUGAACGACAACACCAGCCAGACGGCAGCGAGAGGUCAAUCCGCAAAGGCUACAACACCGACUAUAUCGGGAUCAGAAACUGCAUCCAUAACCAUCUCUCACCCGCAAACACCAUCCGAGAAGGAACAACAGCCCUAAUCAUCGGAGCCGGCGGUAUGGCCCGCGCUGCCAUAUAUGCCUGCUACCAGCUCGGAAUCCGUCAGAUCUGCAUAGAUAACAGGACUAUCGACAAUGCGAAGAAACUAUCUGCUUACUACCACCAGUGGGCGAAGACUAAAUUCGGUACAGAGUUCCAACUGGAGGUUAUCCGAUCAGUCGAUGACCCCUGGCCUGCCGAUAUGCGUCUCCCAACUAUAGUAGUCUCCUGUCUUCCUGCGCAGAAAAUAGGCAGUGAGUCUCUGAUUGAUAUUCGCGUGUCGGAGAAGUGGUUGCAGAGUACGACUGGUGGUGUCUUUCUUGAGGUCGCCUACGGUGCGUCCAAAACCCCGUUACUGGAGCAAAUGCUCGAGCACAGAUCAACAGGCUGGGUUGUGGUGGAUGGGCUGAGCUUGCUGGUCGAGCAGGGCAUUGCGCAGUAUGAACUCUUUACGAAACGACCAGCGCCAGUGCAUGUAAUGCGGCGUGUUAUCGAAGAGGAGGCUAUUAAACAUGGGUACUUUCAUCAAUAG